UAAACUGUCACACAAAUGGUCCCAAACCACCAUAUAAUAUCUCUAAAGACCAGAUCAACCACGAUUCCACCACGCUUCCACCAUCCACCAUCCACCUCCUCAUCUUCAUCGUCCACGUGUCGUUCAUCCAAUGGGCCCUCCCCAUCUCUAACCGCCUUUAGUAUCGCCCAGCUUUGUUGUUCUCCUCGUCUCUUCACCACUCAAAAUCCUUUCAGUUGUUCUUCAGUUUUUGAGCCUUUUGAGGAAGUGAAGAAAGAGCUAGAUCUUGUCCCCACUCUGGCUCAAGCUUCUUUAGCUCGUCAAAAGUACACUGAUGAGUGUGAUGCUUCUAUCAACGAGCAAAUCAAUGUCGAAUACAAUGUCUCCUACGUGUACCAUGCCAUGUUUGCCUACUUCGACAGGGACAACGUUGCGCUCAAGGGUCUUUCCAAAUUCUUCAAGGAAUCCAAUUUAGAAGAGAGAGAGCAUGCUGAGAAAUUGAUGGAAUAUCAGAACAAAAGAGGUGGAAAAGUGAAGCUGCAAUCCAUAUUCAUGCCCCUCACGGAGUUUGAUCAUGUUGAGAAAGGAGACACAUUAUACGCUAUGGAUCUUGCCUUGUCCCUGGAGAAACUAACAAAUGAAAAGCUCUUGAACUUGCACAGGGUAGCUGAGCAGAGCAAUGAUGUGCAGCUGACUGAUUUCAUUGAAGGCGAGUUCCUAUCUGAACAGGUGGAAGCCAUCAAGAAAAUAUCAGAGUAUGUAGCUCAGUUGAGAAGAGUUGACAAAGGCCAUGGGGUGUGGCACUUUGAUCAAAUGCUUCUUCAUGAGGGGGAGGCAGCUGUUGCAUAAAACUGGGGAAUUGUUGAAUAAGGUUAGAUUUUGAUUGUAAGAUGUAAAACUCUCGUGUUGAUGAUUAGAGA